AUGGAUUUGUGCCACAGAGUUUUAUAUGAAGGGAAAGAAAGGCUUAUUCCAGGAUGCGAAGUGAUCCAAGCCACACCCUAUGGUCGCUGUGCCAAUGUCAACAAUAGUUCAACUACUUCACAAAGAAUCUUUAUCACUUAUCGAAGAGCUCCUCUAAUUCGACCCCAGAAUUCCUUGGCUGUAACUGAUAUCUGUGUUAUUGUAACCAGUAAAGGAGAAACCCCUCCUCAUACUUUCUGCAAGGUUGACAAAAACUUAAAUUGUGGAAUGUGGGGUUCCAGUGUAUUUCUGUGUUAUAAGAAGUCUGUGCCUGCUUCUAAUGCAAUAGCAUACAAAGCUGGUUUAAUUUUUAGAUAUCCAGAAGAUGACUAUGAGUCAUUUCCACUCUCAGAAUCUGUACCUCUCUUCUGCCUUCCAAUGGGAGCUACUAUUGAAUGUUGGGAUCCUCAAACCAAAUAUCCACUUCCAGUUUUUUCAACUUUUGUUCUGACAGGUUCUUCUGCUGAAAAGGUAUAUGGAGCUGCCAUCCAGUUUUAUGAACCUUAUUCUCGGGAACUUCUGACAGAGAAACAGCUUAUGCAGCUGGGCCUCUUGACCCCCGUGGAGAGAAAAGUAGUCUCCAAAUCCAUCAAUUCAAACAAAUGCAUUUGUUUACUCUCACACUGGCCUUUUUUUGAAGCUUUUAGAAAAUUUCUCAUGUUUAUCUACAAACUUUCUGUGUCUGGACCACAUCCUCUUCCCAUUGAAAAGCAUAUUUCACACUUCAUGCAAAACAUCCCUUUUCCUUCAGCACAAAGACCAAGAAUCCUUGUACAGCUUUCAGUCCAUGAUGCAUUAAUAUUAUCACAGCCAGUUUCUACACCUUUACCAUUAAGUGGAGCCAACUUUAGCACCUUGUUAAUGAAUCUGGGUCCUGAGAAUUGUGCAACACUGCUGCUCUUUGUUUUACUUGAGAGUAAGAUUCUGCUACAUUCUCUUAGGCCAGCUGUGUUGACUGGAGUAGCUGAAGCUGUUGUAGCUAUGAUCUUUCCAUUUCAGUGGCAGUGCCCGUACAUUCCCCUUUGUCCUCUGUCACUGGCGGCAGUCCUUAGUGCACCUUUACCAUUUAUAGUUGGAGUUGACUCCAGGUAUUUUGAUCUUCAUGACCCACCACAAGAUGUUGUUUGCAUUGACUUGGAUACAAACAUGUUAUAUGUAUCAGAUGAAAAGAAGAACAUGAAUUGGAAGCAGCUUCCCAAAAAGCCAUGCAAAAAUCUGCUUAGUACCUUAAAGAAGUUGUAUCCCCAGCUAUCUUCAGUUCACCGAAAAACUCAGGAAAGUUCAGCAAUUGAGAUGACUCCGAUUGAAGCAGAUUUCUCUUGGCAAAAAAAGAUGACACAACUUGAAAUGGAAAUUCAAGAGGCAUUUUUGCGUUUUAUGGCAUCCAUUUUAAAAGGAUAUAGAACAUAUCUCAGACCGAUCACAGAGGCUCCUUCAAAUAAAGCCACAGCUGUUGAUUCAUUGUUUGACAGACAGGGAUUUUUAAAAAGUCGAGAUCGUGCCUAUACAAAAUUCUACACCAACUUAUCCAAAACACAGAUUUUUAUUCGUUUCAUUGAAGAAUGUAGUUUUGUAAGUGAUAAAGAUACUGGAUUGGCAUUUUUUGAUGACUGCAUAGAAAAGUUGUUUCCUGAUAAAGGCACAGAGAAAACAGAUAAGGUUGAUUUUGAUUUAGCUGAAGAUACCAAAUUGAUAGAGCUAGAUGAUUCACAGAAAAGUGAGCACACUGUAUUCAUAAUGCCACCAGAGCCACCUCCUGAUGAUGGAAAGGAUCUGUCACCAAAGUACAGUUACAAAUACUUUCCAAGACUGGACCUUAAGCUUUUUGACAGACCACAGGAGUUGAAAUUUUGUUUUAGUAGACACCCUACUGGGAAUAGCAUUACAAACAGUCCAGCUCUCAUGGCUAAGAGAACUAAACAGGAGAUAAAAACGGCUCAUAAGUUGGCGAAGAGAUGUUACACAAAUCCACCACAAUGGGCCAAGUGUCUCUUCAGUCAUUGUUACAGCUUAUGGUUUAUUUGUCUCCCAGCCUAUGUUAGAGUUUCUCAUCCUAAGGUCAGAGCACUUCAGCAGGCAUAUGAUGUACUUAUUAAGAUGAGGAAAACAGAUGUGGAUCCACUAGAUGAGGUGUGCUAUCGAGUAGUAAUGCAGCUUUGUGGACUUUGGGCUCAUCCUGUUUUAGCAGUGAGAGUCUUAUUUGAAAUGAAAACUGCUAAGAUAAAGCCAAAUGCUAUUACUUAUGGUUAUUAUAAUAAGGUAGUUUUGGAGAGCCCGUGGCCUAGCAGUACCCGCAGUGGUAUCUUCUUAUGGAUGAAGGUACGGAAUGUGGUACGUGGCUUGGCACAAUUUAGGCAGCCGCUUAAAAAGACUGUGCAAAAGUCACAGGUCUCCUCAAUAUCAGCUCCUCAGAAUGCGACAGGUGGAAGUGAUGGGGACACGGUGAGCCACGGUAGCGUGGAUAGUUCUAAUGAUGCUAACAAUGGGGAGCACACAGUCUUCGUCAGAGAUUUAAUCAGGCUUGAUUCCACUGAUAAUCACUUUAGCACAGGUGGUCAGUCUGACCAAGGCUAUGGGUCUAAGGAUGAACUUAUAAAGGAUGACGCAGAAAUUCAUAUGCCUGAAGAACAAGUAGCAAGAGAAUUGAUAACUAAAACAAAAGUGCAAACAGAAGAAGUGUGUGAUGUCUCUGCUGUUGUAGCAAAACAGUCACAACCUAGUGCAGAGUCACAGAGUCCUACUGAGCCUCCUGCAUGGGGCAGCAGUAUUGUGAAAGUUCCAUCUGGUAUAUUCGAUCUCAAUGGCAGGAAAAGCAGCACUGGUAGUACAUCAAAUGUGCCAUUUUCUACUCAAGAUCCAGUUGAAGAUGCAGUCUUUGGUGAAGUUGCUAAUCCCAAGAAGAAUGGUGAUAGAGGAGAUAAAAGGCAAAAGCAUUUCCCAGAGAGGAGUUGUAGUUUCAGUUCUGAAAGUCGAGCUGGAAUGUUGCUUAAGAAGAGCAGUUUGGAUCUGAAUUCAAGUGAAGUGGCUAUUAUGAUGGGAGCAGAUGCCAAGAUUCUCACAGCCGCACUGGCCUGUCCUAAGACUUCUCCACUCCGUGUUGCGAGCACCCACAGCUUUGAGACUGCUAACAGUUGUCAUCUAGUUGAUACUAGGACUCGUGUGUCUGAAAGCACUUGGGAUUCCGAGCACAGAUCUUCUUCGGUAUUAGAGAUGCUUGAAGAGAGCCAAGAGCUCCUGGAACCUGUGAUUGAGGACAGUGCAGCGAAAACUACUAUGAAAAAGGACACAUGUGACAGUCUCCAGAAUGAUAGUAAUCAGCCCAGAGACUUGAAAGUAGAACCCAAAGAUGUAAUAAAUAAGAGGAGUAGUUUACAUGGUGUUGUUAAAGCUAUUGAGAGGGAGGAUGUUGAAACUGGACUAGAUCCUUUGUCUCUUUUGGCCACUGAAUGUACUGGAGUAAAAUCUCAAGAUUCUGAAGAUAAGAUGUCUUCUCCAGUUAUUGCACGCAAUCUGGCUGAUGAAAUUGAAAGCUAUAUGAACCUAAAGAGUCCUUUGGGUAGCAAGUCUGCUAGUAUGGAAUUACACGGAGAGGGAAGCAGAGAGUCUGGCACCAUCACUGCAUGUAUUCACUCUCUAGAGAGGCGAUCAAGCCUACCUUUAGAGCACGGUCCGGCAGCACAGGAAGUUCCUGAAAGUGAAAAGAGCUCUCCUGCAGAAUCUAGGUCUAAAGCUUUCACUGGGCGUUUCAAGCAGCAGACUCCCUCUCGCGCUCACAAAGAACGUUCACCUUCUCUGUCAGCACUAGUGCGGUCUUCACCACAUGGCUCGCUGGGCUCUGUGGUAAACUCUUUGUCAGGACUAAAGCUAGAUAAUAUACUCUCAGGACCCAAGAUCGAUGUCCUCAAAUCUGGCAUGAAACAAGCAGCUACGGUAGCCAGUAAGAUGUGGGUAGCUGUAGCGUCUGCCUAUAGCUACUCAGAUGAUGAGGAGGAAACUAACAGAGAUUACAGCUUCCCCGCUGGCCUUGAAGACCAUAUUUUGGGGGAGAAUAUGUCACCUAACACGAGUGUCUCAGGGUUGGUUCCCAGCGAACUUACCCAGAGCAACACAAGCCUUGGCAGUAGCAGCAGCAGUGGAGAUGUAGGAAAACUGCAAUACUCAACAGGUGAACCUCCAUUUCCAAGAAGUGUAAAAGGGCAGGACUUUGAAAAAUCAGACCAUGGUUCUUCUCAAAACACCAGCAUGUCUAGCAUCUAUCAGAAUUGUGCAAUGGAGGUUUUGAUGUCAAGUUGUUCACAAUGCAGAGCUUGUGGAGCGUUAGUUUAUGAUGAAGAAAUUAUGGCUGGAUGGACGGCAGAUGAUUCAAAUUUGAAUACAACCUGUCCAUUCUGUAAAAGCAACUUCUUGCCUCUUCUCAAUAUAGAAUUUAAAGACUUGAGAGGCUCUGCAAGCUUUUUCCUGAAACCAAGCACCUCUGGUGACAGUUUACAAAGUGGCAGCAUUCCAUUGGCAAGCGAACCUUCAGAGCACAAACCUGUGUCCGCUUCAGCAGAACCUGACUUGAUCAACUUUAUGGAUUUCCCCAAACAAAACCAGACCAUAACUGAAGAGACAACCUCUGCAAUUGAAUCAAGUGAUGAAAUAAAGAAAGCCGGUGGAGAAGUCCAAACCAUGAAAAUUUCAUCUGUGCCUAAUAGUUUAUCAAAGCGAAAUGUAUCUUUGACGCGAAGUCACAGUGUUGGGGGUCCCUUGCAAAAUAUUGACUUUUCCCAGCGACCGUUUCAUGGCAUUUCAACAGUCAGUCUUCCCAACAGUCUGCAGGAAGUUGUGGAUCCUUUAGGAAAAAGACCCAAUCCUCCCCCUGUUUCUGUGCCCUACUUGAGUCCUCUAGUGCUUCGUAAAGAACUUGAAUCUUUGCUAGAAAAUGAAGGUGAUCAAGUGAUUCACACAUCCUCUUUCAUCAAUAAACAUCCAAUCAUUUUCUGGAACCUCGUUUGGUAUUUCAGACGUUUGGACCUUCCUAGUAACUUGCCAGGACUUAUCCUCACAUCUGAACAUUGUAAUGGAGGUGUACAGCUUCCUCUGUCAUCUCUGUCCCAGGAUAGCAAACUUGUGUAUAUUCAGCUAUUAUGGGAUAAUAUCAACCUUCAUCAGGAACCAGGAGAACCUUUGUAUGUCUCAUGGAGGAAUUUUAAUUCUGAAAAGAAAUUGUCUCUUCUGUCAGAGGAACAAGAAGCAACAAGCACUUUAGUAGAAACCAUCAGGCAGAGUAUUCAACAUAAUGAUGUUCUGAAACCCAUCAACCUACUUUCACAGCUAAUAAAGCCAGACAUGAAAAGACAAAGGAGUUUAUACCGAGAAAUCCUCUUCUUAUCAUUAGUGUCUCUUGGAAGAGAGAAUAUCGAUAUUGAGGCUUUCGACAAUGAAUAUGGACUUGCAUACAAUAAUUUGUCUUCAGAGAUUCUUGAGAAGUUACAGAAAAUUGAUGCUCCACCAAGUAUCAGUGUGGAAUGGUGCAGGAAGUGUUUUGGAGCGCCUCUCAUUUAA